CUGACACUCUCUUCCUCUUGCCACAUGCGCUUUUGUUAUCAAUUUCGUAGAGACAAGAAGACAGUGAUUUAUCCAUUAAUACAUCACUUCAACAGCAAAUGGGACGUCUGAUUCUGGAACACACGCUGCAGGGCCACAAGGGCCGCAUCUGGGGCGUGGCCUGGCAUCCCAAGGGCAACGUGUUUGCCUCCUGCGGCGAGGACAAGGCCAUUCGCAUUUGGUCGCUGACCGGGAGCACCUGGAGCACCAAAACGAUUCUUUCCGACGGCCACAAGCGCACCAUUCGCGAGAUCCGGUGGUCUCCCUGCGGCCAGUACCUCGCCUCGGCCAGCUUCGAUGCCACCACAGCGAUUUGGUCCAAGUCUUCGGGGGAAUUCGAGUGCAAUGCGACUUUAGAGGGUCACGAGAACGAGGUGAAGAGCGUUAGCUGGUCGAGAUCGGGCUCCCUGCUGGCCACCUGUUCGCGGGACAAGUCCGUGUGGAUCUGGGAGGUGGCCGGCGACGAUGAGUUCGAGUGCGCCGCCGUCUUGAAUCCGCACACACAGGACGUGAAGCGGGUGGUGUGGCAUCCGACCAAGGAGGUCCUGGCCUCCGCCUCCUACGACAACACCAUCAAAAUGUUCGCCGAGAACCCCAUAGACAACGACUGGGACUGCACAGCGACGCUAACUUCCCACACGAGCACCGUUUGGGGCAUUGACUUCGAUGCGGAGGGCGAGCGCUUGGUUUCCUGCAGCGAUGACACCACCAUCAAGAUCUGGCGAGCCUAUCAUCCGGGCAACGAAGCCGGCGUGGCCACGCCCGACAAGCAGACCGUGUGGAAGUGCGUCUGCACCCUUUCCGGCCAGCACUCGCGGGCCAUCUACGAUGUGUCCUGGUGCAAACUGACGGGGAUGAUAGCCACUGCUUGCGGGGAUGAUGGCAUCCGCAUCUUCAAGGAGACCAGCGACUCCAAGGCGGACGAACCCACGUUCGAAACGCUCACCGCGGAGGAGGGUGCCCACGAGCAGGACGUGAAUUCGGUGCAGUGGAAUCCAGUGGUGGCCGGGCAGCUGAUCUCCUGCAGCGAUGAUGGAACCAUCAAGAUUUGGAAAGUAACCGAGUAGCAGUUGGAUCAAUGAGUGUGUUAUAUAUUUAAGUGGUUAAACAAUAAUGGCGUUUGAUUUUUGUACAGUUUCUGCUUAAUAAGAAAUUAAAGUAUUCAAAUGACGAGCGAAA